AGUGGUAAUUUUUUGGCAGGGAUGAAAGAAAUAUCGCGAUGUCGACCCUGAUAAAUCACUCGUAAAUUUUUGUGCUUGCAGCAGAUUUAUUUUAAAAAGAAAAAACAAGCACAAAUAAACCGCAGUGAUUCGUGUACCAUCAACAAAUUUUAAGGGUGGUGUACAAUAAAAGGUGGAAUCGGUGACGAUGUCGACUUUAAACGCGCGUGCUGUUCGUUACAAUAUAUUGAUAAUGACAACGACUACGUAAGGUCCAAGAAGGAGGUGAUAAAGACCCAACUGCAGGAUGGCAAAUACGGGAAAUCUCGCCGCCGAUGGCCCUUUGGUCUGCGGUGUUUGCCACAAUUAUUACAACGAGCCUUGUCUACUAUCCUGUUUUCACAGCUUCUGUGCUCAAUGUUUGAGAGGACCGCAUCCCGACUCGAAACUGACAUGUCCUAUUUGCGGGCAAAUUACCCAGCUGAAAGAGGGCCUGCAGCUUCCUCCGCCAGACCACCUAAUGCGGCAGCUGGUUGAGCUUGCAAAUUCUGAAAAUCCACCAUGUGCUAAUUGUGAUAAGCGAGACAAAACAAAAAUGUUUUUUUGCACAACUUGUGGUCAGGCGUUGUGCAACCACUGCAGAGAACACACCCAUCGAGCAAAGAUGUUUUCUAGCCAUGACGUCGUUCACAUGAGUAAAUGCGCCAAGGAUACACAGAGAAAAUGUGCGACACAUGGAGAACAGUACAUAAUGUACAGUCAGAGCGCAAAGUGCAUGUUAUGCGCUACCUGUUUCCGAGAUACACCAGCAGAUGCAAGACUCCACUGCGUUGGUAUCGAUGGAGCUUGGCAGCAGGCUUCGAAGCAGAUGGAACGUGCAGCUAAUUCUAUUUGCGAACUCCAGGCAGGAGUUCGCGAUGGUCUCAGAUCCUUGAAAUCACAGCUGGAUGAGCUGCGGAUUAGCUUAGAGACAGAGAAACGAUCUCUCAAUGUUUACUGCCAGGGAAUGCAAGAAGCUGUUAUCAAAACUCAUUCCUCCGCUCUCGCUGAAAUCCAAAGACAGUUUGAAACAAAAGAACGAUCUGUCAGAAAUCAGUUACUGUCAUUGGGCGGAGCACUUCCUGUACUUCAUACUCACCUUAUGCUUUGCACUUCUUUCACAAGCAGCGCUACAAAGUAUCAAUUUCUCGAGUUGGCUCACUCCAUGAUCGAAAGACUCGGACGAGUGGCUCAACUAGGACACCCCACUCGUCCACCGCUCCUCGCAGGAUCCUUGAAAACAAAUUAUAAGGCUGAAUUUGCAAGGGUACUCCAUCCAUAUGUUGGAUCUGGUCAGGCUCCCAAAGAUUCACUUUACGAUCAAACUCAUUCCGCCACUUCUGCUGAGUCUCAGCACGCGCAGCAAGCAAAUAAAAGUUUGCCCAGAUCUCAGUCAAAGAGUUUAGGAGGAGGGGACGCAGGACCGUUUUCAAACCACUGCCGUAGUUUUGAUUCACAAUUAAAAGAGCUUAGUCAGCAGUUAGUUGCAGUUAAAGAAAGAUUAGGUGAGCUGCAUCAUGACGUAGCUCUACUUCGUCGAGCGAAUACUCCUCCAUUGGGGACACGCUAUGAUCACGUAGCAAGAGAUUGUAGAUUGCUGGAACAGCAACUCGAAUCUCAUCAGUUAGAACUAGAGCGAUUACGUAACGUUUUCGACGCUCUGUGGGAAGAACAACUCUGCAGAAUUCACAUUGAGAAAGAAAUCUUCCAUUCACAGAUGAAUGAUAUCCUCACCCUAAAGAGUGAGGUGAAACAACUGUCCACGCUUGCCCAGCAACUGGAGCCGUUCGUUAAGUCAUUCUCAGCAGGCGUUAGUGCAGGAGAAACUAGCAUUACCGCUUCAGAGGCUGCUGGUCAUCAACACCUAGAAGUUUUACUGGAUCAUUUGGCGAGACUUCAAUUACAGGAACAACCGCAGUCACAACAACAGCAACACACCAAGGACUGUGGUCAUCCACGAAACAAUUCUACCAGUGCCGACAAUGCAUUGUACAUGAAAGAAACAAAGGAGAUACCAACACGUUGCCGAACACCAUCAGGGGGUGUCGGUGCGGUUUUGGAUUCAAGUGGAAAUAUUGUGGUAUACGGUAACGCAAAGUCAUCAGAUUCUAAGCGUGGUGUAUUAAGCCAGCUCAUAGAGAAGGCAAGGACAAAGGAAGACCGUAAAAAAUCUCCGGGAAGAGAAGAAGGAAGAGAUAGAAGUGGGACUCGUCGUUCAAGGAAGUCUCCGGAUAAUUCAAAGCCAAAAACACCUCCCGGUCAUUCAUCGGGAGGAGGAAGUAAAGUUCGGUCGUUAUAUCGAUCUCUGAAAGGAGGUAGGGGAGGAGAUUCAUCCGCGGAAAUGGUCGAUCAAUCCGGUGGCAAUACGGAUCAACAGCAGCAGCAACCGCAGACUGCCGCAGCUGAGGAGAGUGAAUACCAGAGAAUAUCAGAGGCCUCUACCGUUGGGGAAGUCAAAAAACGCGUCCAAGCUCAGGUUCACCCCGUCCCUCCAGAGGAAAUUCCACCUGCAACUAACAAAGGAGUUAAAAUAUAUCCAGCUAGCGAUUCGGAAGAUGUCUUUUACGCAACUGGUGAGAAAACAAGAAAUGAAACCAGAAGACGACGCAGAGCCAGCUGCGAUAGCCUCAGCACAACGGGUUCUGCUAACAGCAGACGUUCCAGCAUCAUUGAGGGCACCGGGGCUCAGCCUGCAACAGAUGACAGAGGGACGUUAGUUUUUUUGCUAGGUCCUUCGCCGACACCCUCUACUCUGGUACAAACAAACAAAUGGGAAACAUUUCCAAGGCCGAAAAGUAAGCGAAAUAAUGAGGGGCGUUCGGAGCUUGGGCAGUUGAAAAAAACCGACAGUUUUGAAGGUCAUGAGGAAGCUGUUCGUACGCUUGUCGCUGCUGUACAAGAAACACGAUCACAGCUUCAGCAUCACCAUCUCCACCAUCAUCGGCAUCAUCGUAAAAGUAAAACAAAUUAGAAUAAAUUAUGUUGCAUAUUUAGUUAAUUCAUUUAUACAAUAAUCUCUGAUUAUAGAGAAUUUUAUUCAACUGCGCAAGUUGGUUUUCGACCAAAAUAAGACUGCUCCGUUAAUCUUGGUCCCAGUCGGACAUUUUUUUACGCUUGUUUUUUAUGAGUCAAAAAAUAAUAAUUUCAUCGUCACAUAGUACAAACGCGACGUAAUUUCAUAAUCUUUUACAAAGAUUAAGUUGGGAAUCUUAUUGAAAAACCAAUGCAAUUUCCUCUUUAUUGCUGCAUUAUUAAUAUUUACUAGCGCAUAAAUUAAAGACUUUAAAUUAUCAAUUGAAACUGUAAGUUUGCACCAAGAAUAAAAGUACUUUGAAAAGUACUCUUUAGACCUUACAAAAUGAGGUAUGUAUGUACCGAUUGAUCGUUAAUAGGCGGGAUACUUUUAAAAAAUGACGAAAACUUAUGUUGCAUAAAUUCGUUGAUCUGCAUCACGACUGGAUUUAAAAAAAAAAAAUAAAAAAAAAUCAGCCAAGGUAAAUUAUUACCUAGACUUUCAAUAAGAUAACUAUUAUAACAAUAGUAACAGGCUUUGAAUAACGCAUGCACAAAGUGAUUUCAGAUUGAUUCCAACUAUAAUUAAUCAAUAUUCAGAUUCAAAUUAAUCGUAAUAGUUCAUAAACUCAUAAUAAAAUUCCAUUAAAACUAUUAAAGAGAAUCUCAGAACGUUAGACAAGCUAAAAAUAUUAACUGGGAAGUUAUUUGUCUUAACGUCUCUUUGGAUUUGAAUUUCAGCAUUACCAAGUUGUCCGUAGUCUAUAGCGACAAAGAAUCUUCACACCACUAAUAACUACCCUUGACCCGCCCCAGCCCAGGGGCUAGAAUAAAAAAUUGCACAUCCUAUAAAAAAUUAGUAUAUGCCAACUGAAUUGUGCCAUAAAAGAAACAAGACAAAAAAAAAGAACAAAAGUCCAUCGAUGUAUAAGAAGAAUAAUAGUCUACUUACAAUUAGUUUAGCAUGUGUUCCCAAAUAAUAAUAAUGAUAAUACGUAAUUAAAAAGAAAUGGAAUUAUGAAUUAAAUUUAAAAAGAUAUAUAGGGAAACAAUAAUAAUCACCCAAUCACAAUUGUGAGAUCAUUCCAAGGAAUAAACUUACAAUUUGUUACCAGUCUUAUAGAAUGGGAGUACCUCCUACCUAAUGAUUGAUUACACCGAUUAAACCAAUAACGAUAAAUAUAAUUGUUCGCUAAAAACAUUUGCACAUGGUUGAGUUGGUCAUGUAAUUGAUAAAUACAAACCUAUAGUUAGUAAAGAACACUGCCAACCUACGGUAUAUUACGAAUUUAAUCGAUGAUACUAUUGUAAUGAAGAAAAAUAAGAACGAGAAAACAGAGAAAAAAAAAUUAAGCCUAAUUAAUAUGUAUACAUGCAACAUUCGAAUCGCAAAAAAGAGCGAGGCACUGCACUACCAUUUGUUGUCGUUAUUCGUUACCUACAUAUAUCAUAAUAACGAAAUGAUACACACUUAAGGUUGUCAUAUAAAUAUAUUACAUAAUAAUAUUAUACAUAUAGUAUGUAUAUUAUAAAUUAAGUUAUGGAUAUAAAAUAAUUAAAGAAAAAAGAAACAAACCAAACGAACUUUGAUUGUUUGAAGUGAUAUAGUGAUUACAACACACGUUUACGAACGUUUUAAUGAAAAAGAAAAAAAAGAUACAUACACGAGGCCAAAUGCCAAAUGCCCAAAUGCCAAAAAAAAAUCGUUUGCAAUUAACGAACAGCGAAAUAAUAAAUGUUAUUAUAAUAUACAUACAAUACCUUAUACGUAUGAGCGCAUAAAGGAAUCGAAAAACUUUGAAACUGUAAGGACGUUGAAUUAUAAAAAUAAAAUACCAAAAUGUUAUGUAAGAAAUAUGUCAUACCACUGAUAAUAAAAAGGAAAAAAAAAUUAGAAUUAUCGAACAAAAA